UGUUCUGCGCCUGCGUGUACUCAACUAUCUCCCAACAGCCACCGCGGUGCUGCCCCUAAACUCUGCCGCUCCAUCGGGAGGCCUCGCAGAAUUAUUUAUUCUGCGUCCUAACUUCAUUUUUUUGCAUUUUCCCCGCGGCUCCAUCUUCGUUUACCUCUGUCUCAGACCUUCCAGUUUCUCAAUGGAGCCCCCGGCAAACUCUACAAACAAUCACACAAGUGCUGAGGAUCCAUGGGAGAUCACGGACAAAAUCCGACUGCGGCGCUUCCUCUGCUACGGCUCAGAGGGAGACAUUUUCACUGCCAAAGGUGAGAGCCACGUCAGCGUGGACAAUGCUGAGGCCCUGCUCUCCUUACUUCAAGAGGAGGAGGGUGGUGCUGAAGUGGUGGAGGAGAUCAGAAGGUUUGUGCAGAAGGGGCUGGCCGUUCGAUUAGGCCCCACUUUUUUUGCCCUGGCUUUAUGCUCCCAGCACUCCAAGCUAAAUACCAGAAAGGCAGCAUUCAAAGCACUGAAGGACAUUUGCUCGGACCCUGCCCAUUUGUUUGCUGUUAUUCAGUACAAAAAGGAACUGAGAGAAAGGAUGGAGUGUGGGAUCUGGGGGCGCGCCCUGAGGAAGGCGGUGUCAGACUGGUAUAAUAAGCAAGAUGCCAUGGCUCUAGCUGCAACUGUGACUCGAUGUAGGCAGAGAGAAGGCUGGUCACACAAGGAUCUUCUCAGACUGUCUCACACCAAACCAUCCACAGAAGCCGUUGCCCUGAUCAGCAAAUAUGUAACAAAAGGAUGGACGGAGGUCCAGGCCUACUAUGCAGACAAAGAAAACUCUGACGAGGUGGUCAAAGUGCUCUCAUACCUGGAAGCGGUAGAGAAGGUGAAGCACAGUUGUGAUGAAACGGUGGUCAUUAAUCUAAUAGAGGAGCACAAGCUGGAGAUGGAGCAGCUGCUCACAGAGAACCUGAAAUCCAAGCAGGUAUGGAGAUCUCUGUUGAAGGACAUGCCUCUCCAUUCGGUGCUGAAGAUCCUGGGGAGGAUGACGGCUAAUAAAGUCUUGGAGCCAGGAAGCUCCACAACGCAAUCUUUAUGUGAAAGAAUUCGGGAUGAAGCAGCACUGAAGAAGGCAAAGAUCCAUCCAUUCAGUAUACUUUUAGCAACAGAAAACUACAAAAGGGGCCAUGGCUAUAUGGGCAAACCAAAAUGGGAACCAAACAAAAGCAUCCUAAAAGCUUUGGAAUCUGCAUUUUAUUGCAGUUUUAUGAAUGUGGAGCCUGUAGGUAAACGCUUUUUAGUGGCGGUAGAUGUGAGCACGUCGCUGAGCACUGUCGUCCCGGGAACGGCCAUCACAACUGCAGAUGCUGCUGCAGCCAUAACCAUGAUCUUUACCAGGACUGAGGCAGACACGCAUGUGCUGGUCUUCUCUGAAAGAGCCGUGGUUCCUUGCCCUCUUUCACCUCAGAUGACCCUCGCUGAAGUAACUGCUGAAUUAGUCAAGAACCCCAGUGGAAAUACGGACAGCUCUCUUCCCAUCACAUGGGCCAUGGAGAAUGGGAAAGGUGUAGAUGUGUUUAUUAUUCUUACCAACAACCCGCUGUGGACGUGUACAACCAGUCCGGUGGAGUCUCUGAAGAAAUACAGACAAACAACAGGUGCCAGCUCCAAGCUGGUGUUUUGUGGGCUGACAUCAUAUGGACACGCCUUCACAGACACCGGAGACAGGGGCUUACUGAACGUGAGCGGCUUCGACCUCGGAGCCUUAACCGUCAUUCGCAACUUUUCCCAGGACCUUAUCUGACCAAACUGUUUCUGAAAGAUGUGAGACUUAGAAAACAAUAAGUGGACAUGGCUAACAUGUAGAGCGCUUAUGCAAAAUUGUCUGGCUUUACACUUCCUCCUUCUCCGUUUUGUCCCCAAUGACGGUUGAAACCAAGUCCAGCAGGCUGGACAAGACCCUGAGACGAAAGAGAAGAAUGUGUUUUACAUAAGAUAAUGACUCCACAGGGUUUAACAGCAUGAGAUAAAAAGUAAAUAAAGUGAGAGUCAGAAGCUUGCUCGUGGGUUAUUGUGGGUCCAAAAUAUGUACCUAUAGUAUGAUUGUAGGAGGUUUGAUGUAAUACGUAGGUGCAUGUCAAAUCCCAAAGCUCUCCAUCUGUUUAAUGUAGCAAUCUAUAUCAAUUGAGAAAUGAGUAAAACCGCAAAAAACAGGAAUAAUAAGCUUGUUCUGCUAUUCUUCUGGGAUUUAUCAAUUUAUCUUUUUAUUACUAACAUUUAGGAUUCUUCUUACAAAAAACUUUCCUUUAUUUUAUCCCUUUUUAAACAGUUUUGUCCCCAUCUUGUUACUUUUUAGUCUGUUUCAAUGCAACUCUUAUUAAUUUGCUUUUAUCCUGUAAAACUUUUCAGAUAAAAAGACCCUGGAAACCUUAAUGUGUACCUUCAUCAUUAAGGUCACUACUGUGUAGCAUUCCCCUCUGUAGCAUCACUUUUUAUAGUAUUUGGAAGUCACUCUUCAACCUGAAUUCAUUACAUUAACGUGUUAAUCCAAAAGACAUCUGGUUACUUUGAAAGAUCCGAUGCAACUAACAAAGCUGUUUUUAUUCAUAUAGUAUAAUGCUUAACGGACAGAAUAUGCUUUAUUCAAAUUGAUGAAAGCUAAAAUACUUAUAUGAAUCAGAAUGCUGUUUUUUUUUUGUUUUUUUUAAAAUAACUUUCUUCCCACACUAAAAAUAUGCCUAAUGUGAAUUUGACCUCAGGUCACUGAAUUCAAUAACAAUUCCACAUUUAUAGUCUGUUAUAACAGUUAUUACCGAUAUUCUUUUGUGAAGACAAUAAAGGCCUGGCCAUGGACCUCAAUUAAAGGUGAUCAUAUGUGCUAAUUUUCAAAAAUUUGAGUUGUAGUCAACUGUGUGCUGUACACUACUUGUAGUUUGUUUUGUUUUUUAGAUUUUGGUUUCAGCGCCUUUUUCACCAUAUUAUGACUUAUAAUUCUGUUUGAGCAAGCACCUUCUUGUACCUGUGUCACCACAACCAUAAUAAACAUUUUGCUGCUCUAUUAAAA